UCUACGGCAAACCCAUUCUGAUCUGAUCUCUGGAGCUUCCGAUGAAUUCGAACGCAAUUGCAAGCAUGUUUUUAAUGAAUGCGCUGUGCAUGGUUGUUUAUUUUUGAAAUACAGCUCUGGAAACCUGUAAGAUCGCGCGUGUAUGAAGAAAUUGUUUUCUUGAGAAAAACAUUUACAACGAUGCCCGUGGAUUCGUGUGUCACGCAUAUUCUAGGAUAUUUAAAUACACUCGUAACUGUGAAGUUAUCGCUAAGUGAGGCGUUGAUAAAGGUGAAGGUUUGAAAAUAUAUUUGUGUGGAAUACAAAUCGGUUCACGCAUAGUAUUUCGUUGUAAAAGGAUUACCGAAAUUAUUUACAUGGUCAUGUUUUAAAUGCGUUUUUGCAUUGCUUUUUUUUUGGUGGGAUCGAAACACAACGCUAUGUUAGAUCUAUGUUGAAUAUUUAACCCUGAGACUGUUUCUCUGUAAGCAUCAUGAUGGCAAAACAUUGUCCUAAUGAUGACCUGAGUAAGAUCUCAGAUGAUGAACUGGUAAGAUGGAGCAAAGAGGACUUGAUCAAGAGACUGAGAAGGGCUGACAGUGAGAAAAUGAACCUAAUGCUAGAGCAUGGGAACAUGAUGAAGGACGUCAACCGUAGACUGCAGGUGCACCUCCAUGAGAUCCGUAAUCUAAAGGAGAUCAACCAGAAACUGCAAGAUGAUAACCAGGAGCUCAGGGAACUCUGCUGCUUUCUCGAUGAUGACCGGCAGAAAGGUAAGAAGCUGUCCCGUGAAUGGCAGAGGUUUGGGAGAUAUACAGCCAGCUCCAUGUGGAAAGAGGUGAGCACCUAUCAGAAUAAACUCAAGGAGCUGGAAGUCAACCAGCAAAACGUCCUCCGGGAGAAUGCAGAGCUAAAGGAGAUCAUUCUCAUGUUGGAUGAAGAUAGGAAUGGUGCAGGAUCUCGGAGCUCUAUAGACAGCCAGUCCAGUCUGAGCAACCUGAAUGGAGGUUCUGGGAUUGUCAGGGAUGUUGGAGAUGGGAGCAGUACCUCCAGCGGUGGAAGUGCUGGCAGCCCCGACCAUCAUCAUAAUCACAUAAACAAGACUGUAGAAACCAAGAUUGGCACCAUACGACGAUCAAUGGACGACCUUUCCGCACCUCAUCAUCACAGGAGCAUUCCCAAUGGACUCAACGCAGAUGCAUCCUCAAACUACAUUCGCCAGCUAGAAACCAAGGUCCGGAUUCUAGAGGACAAUAACAACAAACUGCUCUCACAACCCUGUAGCCGUUAUAGCUUAUCAAAGCUGUCCAUGAAGUGUAAUCCGGGAGACCUGCGAGCCCUGCGGAAAGGCAUGACCCUGUACCACUCCGAAUCACAGCUGUCUUCCCUCCCCCAGAGGCAGGAGGCCCUGCUGAACGGGACUGGAAGGCUACAGACCAGUGAGUCUUCUCCUUCUACCGGGUUUGUCUCAUCCGUACAGAAACCUGAAGCUGUGGUUCAUGCCAUGAAGGUUCUGGAGGUCCAUGAAAAUCUGGAAAAGCAGCUUCCAGAAGAAAGUGAGGAAGACCUGAGUGAGAAAGAGAAAGCCAUAGUGCGAGAAAUGUGCAACGUGGUGUGGCGAAAGCUUGGUGACGCGGCAGGGUCGAAGCCGUCCAUCCGACAGCAGCUCUCUGGGAAUCAGUUCAAAGGUCCUCUAUAGCAGCUCCAGCACAUAAGGAACAUCUCUCCUUCUGGUCAGCCAUGAAACUCCAGCAGGACCAAACUGAGAAAUGCUCACGACAUCAACAGCAUACACAAACACUACCAUCAUCCAAUGAGUUCAAAUAUCGCCAUUAACAUUGGACCGCUGCACUCCAAUUGUGAACAUGUAAAGCAAUAAUCCGCAUUGUUUGACUAUAAAAAUGUUUU